UUUGGAAAUGACAUGUUUUUAUUUUGUUAACUUUUCUAACGGCAAAAUAUGAAUGAAUUUGAGAACAAAUUAAACAGAUCACAUUCUGAAUCAGAUUUAUAUAACGUUUUGCCGUAUAGUCCACCAUCAAUCUAUCUCCGUUCACAAGACAUUUAUAAGAAUUCCCCUACCAUUAUUAGAAGGACCGUCUGCAUAGAAGAAAUCGUUUUUCCAUCAGAUACAAUGAAACCACACAGCUCUCGCAAACAAAUUUUUGAGAAAACUGAGUAUGGGCAUAACAGGAGCAUUUCAUUCAAUGAUAUUAGGAAUGAAUCAAGCAGAUUCACCAAUCAGAACUCAAGUUUGUUUCCUAAGAACCAUUUAGAAUCUUCCCUUACUAAUGUUCCAAUGGAUAUAGAUAUGUCUAAUUAUGAUGAGCGCUACCCUAAAAUUAUGGGUUCUGGUCCAGGAACACCAAUCAAAACAGAAAAGAUUGAUGACACUAGUGAGAAUUCAAGGUAUAAAAUGUUUGACAAUAAUUUGAGACAAAGACUUGCUGCACAAAAUUUGAACAAGGCAGAAUUUCAAAACCCAGAAGUUAGUACUAUAAAGUGUAGAAACUUAGCUGAUCCACAAAAAUUGGUGCAUUUAAAGACUGUUCAAGACAAGAAAUCAAAUGUCAAAACCAUCAUGUUUUUGUUAACUGCUUUUGCAGCAGUAUUUAUUGCUUAUUCCAUAUUUAGAAAUGAACCUGCAAAUAGUGAUGAACAAAUUCAGAAUAUUAUCAGUGAUAUAUACAAGAAUGUCCAUGAGCAACAAAAUGUUGUUAACAUAGUUGUGAGGUCUUUGGAACAAAGAGAUAGCUGGCCGGGAAAGAAGAAAUUAUUGGGGUUCAUUGGCUCACAGGGUGUUGGUAAAACCCAUGUCACAAAUAUCAUUAAACAACACUUUGCUAGGAAUCUAGCUCAUGAAAUUUAUGGGUCCCACUUGUAUUAUAAAACAGAGAAGAAUAAGAUUCUGGAAGCCAUGGAUGAAUGUUGUUUGAAUUUUAUAGUAAUAGAUGAUUUGAGGAAAAAAGAUGAUGUGGAACUGUUUGCCUUCAUGCAUGAUCUUCCCAAAGAUCAUUUUAUCUUUGUGAUAUCAAUUUUCAACAUUCACUAUACAACUGAUGAUUUAGAAACUAUUGUGAAUGAAGAUGAUAUCCUGGAAAUCAGUGAAUCACUAGACAAAUCAGGGUUGAACCAGGAAUUGGUGAUUUUUCAUGAUUUUACCCCUGAACAAAUUGAAGACUGGAUCAGAAAACAACUGGCCAAUCAAAAUGUGAGCUCUGCUGUUCAAGAAUCUGUGAUGAGAGAUAUUUUUGAAGCACAUGAUCCUAAACAUGGCCUCAAAGGACUGAGUUCCAAAAUCACAUUGGAGUUGGAAAAAAAUAAAAACUGACUUUUAUCAUUCCUUGUUAUGUAAUUGUAAAUAUUCCUAUUUGUGUACUUUUUUAAAGAACUUGACGAAUGGUUUUUGUUG